GUUUAUUCCAGAGUUGGAAAAACUCAAAUAAUAUAUUGUAUCCAUGUUUGGAAAAAGAUAGUUGCUACAGCCGAAGAGGUUAACACUGUUAUAAAAGAUGAGUAUGUUAAAACCAAGUGGACUUAAGGCUCCUUCAAAGACCAUCAAGCAUGGGGCCACAUUGCUGAAGACACCUGCAUCUGUUGCAGCUGCUCCAGCAGAAAAAGCAGCUUCCAGCGAAAAGGCCUCCAGCACAACCACUGCAGAUGCACAUGAAGAGUUUGUGGAUGAUUUCAGAGUUGGUGAGCGUGUUUGGGUCAAUGGAAAUAAACCUGGCUUUAUUCAGUUCCUUGGUGAAACACAGUUUGCUCCAGGACAGUGGGCAGGGAUUGUUCUAGAUGAACCAAUUGGUAAGAAUGAUGGCUCCGUGGCUGGAGUUCGCUAUUUCCAGUGUGAACCCUUGAGGGGAAUAUUUACAAGACCAUCAAAGUUGACAAGAAAAGUGCUGACAGAAGAUGAAGCCAAUGGUACACAGACAGCUCAUGCUUCUAGAGCUACAUCCCCAACCUCCACAUCAGCUGCUAGUAUGGUGUCUUCAUCUGCUGCUGCACUUCCUCCUUCAGGAAUUCCUCAAAAAACUUCACUUGCUGCUAAGGAACAUUCAACUCCUCAGAUGAGCAAUCUUUCCAAAACUGCAAGUGAAUCUAUAUCAAAUCUCUCUGAAGCUGGAUCACUCAAGAAGGGAGAAAGGGAGCUCAAAAUUGGAGAUCGAGUUCUGGUUGGUGGAACCAAAGCUGGAGUUGUGCGCUUCUUGGGAGAGACUGACUUUGCUAAAGGGGAAUGGUGUGGAGUAGAACUGGAUGAACCCCUGGGGAAGAAUGAUGGAGCUGUUGCUGGAACAAGGUAUUUUCAGUGCCAGCCCAAAUAUGGUUUGUUUGCUCCAGUCCACAAAGUUACCAAGAUUGGAUUCCCAUCAACCACACCAGCCAAAGCAAAGACAACUGUGAGGAAAGUGGUUGCAACUCCCACAGCCCUGAAACGCAGCCCAAGUGCAUCUUCCCUGAGCUCCCUCAGUUCUGUGGCCUCUUCAGUAAGCAGCAAGCCCAGCCGUACAGGACUAUUGACAGAAACAUCCUCCCGAUAUGCAAGAAAAAUUUCUGGCACCACAGCCCUGCAGGAGGCACUGAAGGAGAAGCAGCAACACAUCGAGCAGCUCCUGGCAGAACGGGACCUGGAGAGGGCAGAAGUGGCCAAAGCCACCAGUCACGUAGGGGAAAUUGAGCAGGAAUUAGCACUGGUUCGGGAUGGACACGACCGGCAUGUACUGGAGAUGGAAGCAAAAAUGGACCAGCUACGAGCCAUGGUGGAAGCUGCUGAUAGGGAGAAAGUGGAACUUCUCAAUCAGCUUGAGGAAGAGAAAAGGAAAGUUGAAGACCUUCAGUUCCGUGUGGAAGAAGAAUCCAUUACCAAAGGAGACCUGGAGACGCAGACCAAACUGGAGCAUGCCCGCAUUAAGGAGCUUGAACAGAGCCUGCUCUUUGAAAAGACCAAAGCUGACAAACUCCAGAGGGAGUUAGAAGACACUAGGGUGGCCACGGUGUCAGAGAAAUCUCGUAUCAUGGAGCUAGAAAGGGACCUUGCACUGCGGGUGAAGGAGGUGGCUGAGCUGCGAGGGAGGCUGGAGUCCAGUAAACACACUGAUGAUGUGGACACUUCUCUGUCUUUGCUACAAGAAAUAAGUUCUCUGCAAGAAAAAAUGGCAGCAGUUGGCAAGGAACAUCAGAAUGAGCUGAAUUCACUGAAAGAGAAGUUUGGAAGUAGCGAAGAAGCACUGCAGAAAGAGAUCAAAUCACUUUCAGCUUCAAAUGAGAGAAUGGCAAAAGAAAAUGAAUCCUUGAAGACAAAGCUCGAUCAUGCCAACAAGGAGAAUUCAGAUGUGAUAGAGCUGUGGAAAUCCAAGCUGGAAUCUGCAAUUGCCUCCCAUCAACAAGCAAUGGAAGAACUGAAAGUGUCUUUCAGCAAAGGUGUAGGGGCUCAGACAGCAGAAUUUGCAGAGUUAAAGACUCAGAUUGAGAAGAUUAAAUUAGACCAUGAAAAUGAAAUCUCAAAUCUAAAACUGAAGCAGGAAAAUGAAAAAGCUCUGCAUUUAAAAGAGAUUGAAUCACUGAAAGCAAAACUGCUGGCAGUCACAGAGGAGAAAGAGCAAAACCUGGAAAGCCUGAAGACCAAACUGGAAAGUGUGGAAGAUCAGCAUCUAGUAGAAAUGGAAGACACUUUAAACAAAUUACAGGAAGCUGAAAUAAAGGUAAAGGAGCUAGAGGUACUGCAAGCCAAGUACAAUGAACAAACCAAAGUUAUUGAUAGUCUUACACCACAGAUCAAAGCUGCUGAAGAAAAGCUUUUGGACCUUGCUGCACUUCAGAAAGCCAAUUCUGAAGGUAAAUUGGAAAUCCAGAAACUUAGUGAGCAGCUUGAGGCAGCUGAGAAACAAAUUCAGAGUUUAGAGACUGAAAAGGCUAGUAAUAUGGCCCAAGAACUGCAGGGCAAAGAGCAAAAGCUUCUUGACCUUGAGAAAAACUUGAGUGCAGUAAAUCAAGUUAAAGAUUCUUUGGAAAAGGAACUUCAAGUUUUGAAAGAAAAGUUUACUAGUGCAGCUGAUGAAGCAGAAAACGUUCAACAAACUAUGCAAGAAACAAUAAAAAAACUAAACCAAAAAGAAGAGCAGUUUGCACUCAUGUCUUCAGAACUGGAGCAGCUGAAGUCUAGCUUGACUGAGAUGGAGGGGAAACUGAAGGAGCGAGAAGAGAGGGAACAGCAACUGAUGGAGGCUAAAACCAAGCUGGAAAAUGAUAUUGCAGAGAUCAUGAAGUCUUCAGGAGACAGCUCUGCCCAGCUGACAAAAAUGAAUGAUGAGCUGCGGGCAAAAGAGAGGCAGUUGGAGCAAAUACAACUUGAGCUUACAAAAGCAAAUGAAAAGGCUGUUCAGCUUCAGAAAAGUGUGGAGCAGACAACACAGAAAGCUGAGCAGAGUCAGCAAGAAACUCUCCAGAUUCAUCAAGCAGAAUUGAAAAAUAUGCAGGAUCAACUAACAAACAUGAAAAAGCAAAUUGAGACCAGCCAGAACCAGUAUAAUGACCUUCAGGCCAAGUAUGAAAAAGAAACUUCGGAGAUGAUCACUAAACACGAUGCAGAUAUCAAAGGUUUUAAGCAGAACUUGCUGGAUGCAGAAGAAGCACUGAAAGUGGCACAGAAGAGGAAUGAUGAGUUAGAAACACUGGCUGAGGAGCUGAAGAAGCAAGCAGAGCAGGCCCAAGCUGCCAAAGUGGCAGAAGAUGUUUUCCAGACUGUGGAGAAGGUGACCAAAGAGAAGGAUGCCAUUCACAAAGAAAAAAUCGAAACUUUGGCCUCUUUGGAGAAUUCUAGACAAACAAACGAGAAGCUACAGAAUGAAUUGGACAUGCUUAAACAAAACAACCUGAAAAAUGAAGAGGAACUUAAUAAAUCAAAAGAGCUUCUAAAUCUGGAGAACAAGAAAGUGGAAGAACUUAAAAAAGAAUUCGAAGCACUGAAGCUGGCAGCAGCUCACAAGUCCCAGCAGCUUGCAGCUCUGCAAGAGGAGAACCUGAAACUUGCUGAGGAGCUGGGCAGGAGCAGGGACGAAGUCACAAGUCAUCAGAAGCUGGAAGAGGAGAGAUCAGUACUCAAUAACCAGUUAUUAGAGAUGAAAAAGAGAGAAUCAACACUAAAAAAAGAAAUUGAUGAAGAGAGAGCAUCUUUACAAAAAUCCAUCAGUGUUACUAGUGCCUUGAUCACAGAAAAAGAUGAAGAACUGGAAAAACUCAGAAAUGAGAUCACUGUCCUCCGUGGAGAAAACGCUUCUGCAAAAACGCUGCAGUCAGUGGUUAAGUCACUGGAGUCUGAUAAACUGAAACUUGAGGAAAAGGUGAAGAACUUGGAGCAAAAACUCAAGGAAAACAACGAACAGCCUUUAACUGUAACUAGCUCCUCAGGUGACACUGCUGCUAAUCAAGAUGAAAUUGCACAAGAGAAGCAGCACGAGAUUGACUUCCUGAACUCAGUGAUAGUAGAUCUGCAGAGGAGAAAUGAAGAGCUGAACCUGAAAAUACAAAGAAUGUGUGAAGCAGCCCUCAAUGGCAACGAGGAGGAGAUAAAUAACUAUGACAGUGAGGAAGAAAGCUUGUCAAAGAAGAAGCCGCGUCUCUUCUGCGAUAUCUGCGGCUGCUUCGACCUCCACGACACUGAAGACUGCCCGACGCAGGCGCAGAUGCUGGAGGAGCCGCCGCACUCGGCGCACCACGGCAGCAGGAGGGAGGAGCGUCCCUACUGUGACACCUGCGAGAUGUUCGGGCACUGGACGGCAGACUGCAACGACGACGAGACCUUCUGAUGCCACCAGCGGCCGGAGGAGGGACUGUCUGUACCCUGAGGGGACGAUUUAUACCACCAGCAUUUUUGCGUGCUGAAUGUCAGGACAAGGGACAGCGUUUCUUGGCCCCCUCGCUCCCCUUCCCCUUGCCCAUCCACUCCGGAGUCAGUACCUUGAUAAGUAUUUUGCUCCUCUGCUAAUAAAUGCCCCAUCCCCCCCUUAAUAAACUUAAGUGAACUAUAAACAAAUGAUUUAACAAAUUACUUUAUGCUGUUUCUUCCCAGGUUCUG